AACGUUACCAGCCGUCUCAGUUGUACCUCCACAUCCCCGGGCCUCCUCGCCGCCUUCCCCGGUGUUGGGCUGAUCAGGGAUUUGAGGGCAGCAUGACUGCACAACAACGGUCUACUGCUCGACGUCGGCCGGGCCGACGAAGAUCAUUGGGCAGAAGACUGACCGCUCCGGACAUGUCUCGAGCUGCGCGGCUCAAAAAGGUGUCUGAGAACCCUUCGUUCCCUGACCGGUUUCGCUUUACUUCCAAUUCCGCAUCUGGGCGGUGGUCGCUAUCCCUGCCGCGCAAGAGUAUCGCAAUCCAUGGCAGCUCGAGACGAUCAAUCAGCUUGACCAGAAUGUCUGAUGGCAGGACCCUUGUCCAUACCAUCCGUGUAACACGGCGACCAUAUGAUGAUCCUCGUGGGUCAAUCAUGUGCCUGGACCAAAGGGUAAACAUGCAAAAGAUCCGGCAAAUUCCUGCAGUGCGCGGCCAUGGCUAUGAGCAAUGUUGUUCCCGCGAUUGGCGGCCUUGGAUCGCCGUGUGUUGGUUUUUGAUGGGUUCAUGAUUCUGGAUCUACGGGCGGCUCGAACACGCCAAUCAGUGCUGCCACACGGUUCCAUGUAUACUCAUGCCCAACAGCGACCUGCAUGAGCUUGAGUGGAACUUGAGGCGGCCUGAGCCGCCAUAUUUGCGGUCAAAAGACUGUAGGUACCUCGUACCACUAUGCUACCGCCAUAAGAGCCUCUGCGCAGGUCCGUAUGGUCGUGUUCUCUAUCCCAUGAAUACUUAAUCGCCGAGGCGCCUUGCCGCCGGAGUGC